AUGCUGCCACAGUACGAACCCAGCAGGCAGUCUCGACAGGGAAGUCGCUCGACUUCAUCACACGAGAGAGGCAGCUCUGCUCCUCCACCCUGGAACGAGAGCCCAUGGGAUGCCGAGCCAGACGCUCUUGGUAGCUCAGCACUACCGCACCAAAAACCACGCGCCCAGAACGCCCCUGAUUUCUGGAAAGCACUGCCUGAAGUUCCCUCACGCUUCCGACUUGGGGAAGACGAGUUGCCUUGGUCAGCAUCAGCGUGGCCGGGCGAGUUUGGUGUGCCGGACGAUUUCGACGUUGACGACUAUUCUUCCGAGUUGUCCAUGAAGUUUCGUGACGUCUCCCUGACCAGCGCCGCGCCAAACCCCAAAGACAGGGACGACCUAAGACGGAGACAAGAGCUGGAAGCGCUGUCUGCAGCAAUGAUGACGGUGGACAAUGGGUUUGAGAACCAAUGGUGGUACCAGGGGGAGCGGCAACAGACGACUCCGCUGGCGGGAGACCUGCUCACAUCCGCGGCAUAUGCUACCGCAACGGCGAGUGCGGAAGCCGUACCACAAACACCUGUACAGCAACCCAGCUACGACAGCAGAGAGUCUAUGGGAUGGGCAACCGUCCCGGAUGACCCUCACGUUAGCAGGGUGAGUGCUUCCGUGUAUGACCCGAGUGUUCUGGUCUCGCCCAUGUCGGAGUAUGCAAGCCCGCGCAUCCACCGCUCGAUGACUACUAGAUCUGAGGAGCUGUUCCUGUAUAACUAA